UUUCUUAGUUUCAUUUUCACUAGCCACACAAACCCAGUUUUCAGGAAGCUUUAGCUAAAGACUUUGCCGGCAGCUUCAAUUGAAGAACUUUGUUUGCACCACCGAAACCUUUUUCGUUCCAGCAGAAUCUCUUGCUUACUCCGAGGACUUUGAAUCUCCGAACCUCCUUGAUCCACUCCAUCAGGACUCUUAUCAACGAACCAAUCAUUUAACCUCAACCCUGCUAGCAGCAGCAUUGAUCUCAUCUUUUGGCAGCUCCAUGCUCUAUGGCUAUAACUUAGCUGUAGUCAAUUCUCCUGCUCAGUACAUAAAGGACUUCUAUAACCAUACUGCAGUAAGGCGUAAUGGGAGCGGCCUGAGCAACGACAGCAUCACGGUGCUUUACUCCAUUACCGUGUCCAUUUUUGCCAUUGGUGGAUUGGUAGGAUCCCUUACUGUGGGAAUGCUAGUCACCAAAUUCGGAAGAAGAGGGACAUUGGUAAAGAGUACAGUUCUAGUGUUUGUAGCUGGUGGACUCAUGGGCCUUAGUAGGCAUAUUGGCGUUCCUGAGAUGAUCAUCAUCGGUCGCUUCAUCACAGGAAUACAUUCAGGGAUCUCUCUUAGUGUAGUGCCCAUGUUCCUGGGAGAAAUCGCUCCAAAGAACCUACGUGGUUUCCUGGGCCUUGUUCCUAGUAUCUUCAUCUGUAUUGGAGUUUUCAUUGCUCAAAUUCUGGGACUUCAUGAAGUCCUGGGAAAGGAAGAGCACUGGCCUCUUUUCCUCUCUCUAGUUGUGGUCCCAACAUUUGUCCAAUUAAUGAUAUUGCCAUGGUUUCCUGAGAGUCCUCGUUACUUACUGAUUGAGAAACACAACAUUCAUGCCACUCUUAAUGCUCUUAGGUGGUAUCGAGCAAAAACUAACAUCCAAGCAGAGGUGGAGGAGAUGCAGAAGGAGCAGCGCUCACUCUCUUCAGUGAGGACCGUCUCAGUGUAUGAGCUGCUAAGAGACAGAGCUGUACGUUGGCAGGUCAUUUCAGUCAUGGUCAUCAACAUGGGCAUGCAGUUGUCCGGCAUUGAUGCAAUUUGGUUUUAUACAAACGACAUCUUCGAGAAUGCAGGAAUCUCUGUCUCACAGGUUCAAUACACAACAGUGGGCACAGGUGCCAUUGAGGUGAUUGCUGGACUCAUUGGGUGUUUCACUAUCGAGCGAGUAGGUCGCAGGCCUCUGUUGAUUGGUGGAUUCAGCUUUAUGGGCAUGUGCUGUGCAGGCAUCACCCUUUCCCUUGUUCUGCAGGUUCACGUGCCCUUUAUGCAUUAUGUUAGCGUGAUCUGUGUGGUGGGCAUCAUUGCAGGAUUUUGUAUUGGGCCUGCUGGAGUGCCCUUCCUCAUGACAGGUGAGCUGUUUAAGCAGUCACACCGACCCUCAGCUUACAUUGUUGGGGGAGCACUCAACUGGAUAUCUAACUUCACUGUCGGAUUUGUCUUCCCCUUCCUGCAGAUGUCAGCAGGGGCUUUCUGUUACCUGGUGUUCUUCGGCAUUUGUGUGGGCGUGGCAACCUAUGUCUACUUUGUCAUUCCUGAGACAAAGAACAAGACGUUUGUGGAGAUCAGCCAAAUGUUCGCUUCAAGGAACAACUGUGAGCUUGAGGGUGAACAGCUGCCCAUCACUGAGAAUCCUGGCCUCAGAAUGAAGAACAGAUACGGAGCAAUGGAGAAAAAGGGGAAAGAUGAGAUGUACAUGUGGAGUGAUGAUGAAUGGAUGGGCUGAUAUGGAAAACAGUUUUGUUUUAUUUUUCUAAUGUGACUUUUGGUGCUGAACAAUCCACACAUUAAUGUUCUCUGUAAAAAAAAAAUAAUAAUACAGUGAACUAAGCAGAUCCUGUGAGACCCACCAUACUAUUUUAUACCAUAUAUUUCUCAGCCACUUCCCAAAAGACAUCUGAAAUAGUUUUAUAAUGAUUAAAUGCCCUUCUUAAUAUAAGUUCACUAAAAUAUACAGUUGCCUGACCAAACAAAAUAAAUAAGAAAGUGUUCAGUUUCUGUUUAAACCCAGGCAUGUUGAUUAAUUUUUUCCAAAUUUCUUAUUUUACUCAAUUAAAUAUAGUUCCAGGAACAUUUUCACAAAUAUGGUCCUCUGGAUUGGUUUAACCUUUGCUGUCCAAGUAAAUAUUCUCAGAUAGUGGUCUACAUUCAGUAACGUCCUCACAUCUGUAGCCUAUUUAACACUAAAGUGCAGGAGACUGUAUAUAUGAUGAAAAUAUGUUUAUUUUAGUAAAAAAAAAGUAAACUAUGAAACACAUUGAAUAGGCUAAGCCUAUAGGGAAAUAUCUGUGAGAUGUUUAGCGAUUCUAGCACCUUUUCCUUGGUACUGUAUUUUCAUUAUUCCAGUGAGGAGUUAGUCUUGAUGUUACUGAUGUCACAAGGAGAAGAAAUGUGUUGCUAAAUACAAGUAAAAUUUUAAAAGGUUGGGUUUUGCUGCUUGCUUCUAAAAAGAAAAGAGCAAGAAUUUAUAAUCUCACUCAAUUUUCCAGUGAUUAAAGUACUUAAGUGCUGCUGCAUUGUUUAUUUAGAGGCUAAAUCCCACUGGUACCACUUUCAGGCUGUAGUCAUACAGCAUUGAGAAAACUAUUAUACAAAGUGAACAGAGACCAACAUGCCACUUAACUAAAACUCAGGUCUGAAUUUCAUUCCAAAAUAAACUUUUUGCACCAGUGAAGAUCACAUAUUGAUGAAUACUGAUAUCCAAACCAUUUAAUGUGAAAUUUUUUCCUCUAAAUAUUUUCAUGUUUUAUCCCAUUACCAGCUGCUUAUGUCUUUUGAAGACGAUGUAUAUUCAGAAAAUACUAUACCAUGUAAUACUAUACUAUGUAACGGUUAUGCUUUACAGUAAGAUUCCCUCAACUACAAUUACGUAUAGCAUUAGUUAACCUGAAUAAAUGUCAACAUGAAUGAAUGAAAGUCAUGAAAUGUCAAAAUUAUUAAGUAAUUUAAUAUAUGUAUUGGUAUAUUACAAUUAAUAUAUUGUAAUAAUAUGUUUAUAUUACUAUAUACACCUGCAUUUACUAAAUCGAUUUAAUUCAAAAACAAGUACUCGUAAAUUGCCAAAAAAAUUAAUUAAAGUAAUACUAAAUAUUGAAUGUAGUUGAAUGAACCAUUGAAUGGUUUCCAGGUGCAUUAAAAGCUUUACUUGUGCUUUAAUUAAGUAUUAGUUACCUUGACAAUUUUACUGAUAGUGAACUAACACUAAAUGUUAAUCACUAUUCAUAGUAAGAACCGUGAUGAAUAUCAGUUAAGGGAACCUUAUUGUACAGUGUUACAAUGUUAUAAAGUAUUUUGACUCAUUAACAGAAAGCAAUAGACAUGUUAAUUUAUUACAUAUUGACUUGAUCCUAUUUGUAGCAUGAGAAUUCAUUUUUGGCUUGCUCUGUACAGUCAAAAUGGGUGUAAGGAGUGCAUUUAACUUAUUAUUUGAAUGAAAUAUACAGUCUUACAAUAAGUCAAAUGCUGUGACAACUGUAUAUUCAGAAAUACUUUCAUUUUAUACAUCUCAAGCAAAUACAAAAUGUUGUUUUUACAAAAUACUUGCAAUGAAGUGUGACUGAAAUUGUGUAUUAGUAAAAUGCAUGCAUUAUUGUACAUGCAUCCAUUGGU